AUGGUAAAUGCUUUUCAAGUAAAAGUUGAAAUGUCACAGAUGUUGCAAAAAUGGUUGGAGCCACGGAUUGCUGAAAAAAUAGAUAAAGGAUUGAGUUAUGAACAAGCCUGGGGAGAAAUCAUUAAAGAAAUUUCUAUAAAUGCAUUAUCAACACUUCCACUAAACACAUUUGCUACUGCAAUAUCAAAUUUAAAUCAGAUGAAUGUUGCAAGUCGAAUAAAAUUAAUCGAGAAAAUACUUAGUAUAACACCUCAUCCUGAACAUGCAUCUGGGGAAACAAUUAAUAGGAUCAGUGCAGUUUUAGUCUCAAUAUUAUUACCAAAUAACACUCUUAAUGGAAAGCCUUCAAGUAUUAAUGUUGAUCCAAAUUUUAUGAAAAUAGCAAAAUCAAUUUUAACGCAGUCACAUAAUGAUUGGAUAGAUGCAUGCGAUGUUCUUUCAAAUUUCUUAAAUAGCUGUUUGGCCAGCUACAAUUUUGAAAGGAAUGUAUACGUAUUAUAUCCAUUCUUAAAAGAUGUCGUAAAGUUUGUAAAAAGUCUUGACAACAAUCAAAAAACUGGAAUGGAUCAAUUUUUUAUGUGUCUGCAAAAAAUCACUGUCGAGUCAGGAUACAAAUUAAAAGAUUUAAUACAAAUAAAUGUGCCUUAUCAACAAAAAGUUUUUAGUGAAAAUUUUUUGAAGGACUAUAUUCCAAAAUGUGUACCAUUGACAUUAUUUCACAGCUCAAAAAGAAAUUUAAAUUGUGAUAUACAAAGGACUUGUCAAAAAAACAAUAAAAAAUCAUUACAAAGACCUCGCUGGCAUAACCAACAACAAUUGAUUCUUAAAAUUUUACAAAAUGCUCCAAAUUAUUCAAUGUCGCAUAAUGAGUUGAUUGAUGCAUCAAUUGCUUUAGAUGAAAGGUUAAGUGCCGAAACAGGACUACCAAGAGUUUUUGGUGGUCAGGCGCCAAAAGUUUCAGUUAGUGCUUGUUUGACACACAAUUCAGAAAAAUAUUUUAAAGAAUUUACUAUUCCUCAUUCAAAAGAUAUAUAUUAUAAAUUAGCAUUCAUACCCAAUGAUGUUGAAGAAGCUGUUAAUAAAUAUAAUAAUUGGAUGGAAGAAUUGAUACGACAUGAUUGGCCUUUAUGUUUUGGUAAAUUAAAAAAAACCAAACAAGGUUCUGCAUUAGUAAAUAGUGGAUGUGUUAUUAUGCUGAGUGUGGGAGCAGCCACACAAACAAAUUUGAGAUGUCGACAAUGUCCAGCAGAUACAGUUUGUGAUGCUAAAUUGCCAUUAUGCUCAAAAUGCCGGGCAAAAAGAACUUUGUGCAUAUAUCCAUUACGAAAAGUUGAGCAUUCUCAUCAUACUAUUACCAAACUCAAACAAAAUACUUCAAACAAAAAGCACCAAACCAGAACAUCAAAAAGUAUUUAUGACAAUGAUGAGGAUUCGCUUGACAUUGAAAAAAUUCCUGCUGCUACGGAUGAGGAACUCAUGAGUGGAUUGGACCUGACUAAUGUACCAAAAAGUUUAUCUGAUGUGGUUGAAGUUAAAGAGUCUACCAUUUUAAAUGCUGGUAAUGGAUUAUUUGCCAAAAGAAAUCUUCCAACAUCAACACCUUUAGGAUUUUAUUUUGGUAUUCCAAUGAGUGAAGACGAAUUUGAUCAACAUAAAGACGAAGUAGGCAGAUCAUCACAUUAUUCAAUGAGAUAUAAGAAGACAAUACUUGAUGCAACUGAUGAUAAUGGCGAGCCAUUCACUAAUCCACAAGGAAAAAUUUUUUGUCCUUUCCAUUUUAUGAAUGAAGAUCCAUUUGGUAAUAUGGUGUUUAUUGAAGGAAGCACUGUCAACCAAGUUAUAUGUUUGACAAAACGUGAAAUUAAAAAAGGAGAAGAGCUUUUUGUAUAUUAUGGUGGUGAGGUUGACAGAGAGCAUUGGGGCCGGGCUGUAAUAAAUGGUGAUUAUAGUCGAAAUAAUUUUGAUAGUGAGAGAACUACUAAACGUAAAACAAUGAAUUCUAUUGAUGAUGAUUCAAAACCAGAAGUUAAAACAGGUGAUGAUAACCGAAACAAUGAAAAUAAUUCAAAUGGACAUCAAGAUGCUGAUAAUCAAGAAGGUGAUCAACCAAUUUUCAAAACAAGAAGAAGAGUUUUAAGAAGUAGUAAAGAAAUUAUAAUACGUGUUCAAAAAUCACCAACUAGAUAA